GCUGUCGCUUGACGCUUCAUCGCUUGAGACUCUGCCUGGAUACUGCACUGCCUUUAUUAGGUUGUGUGUUGUGUUAAGUGGGUUGUAGAUAAUUUCUUCGGAGGCUUUGUCACGGAAUUCGCUUGCUGGAAAAUAAUAUGUUGCAAGAUUGUCCAGCUGACAAGAAGACUAAUUACUAAAGGCUGUACCAAAACGAUUUGUAACGACUAGCAGUUAAGACUUGCUGGAAACCGCGCUACUAGAUUCUUCAGAUUCAAGAUGUCAUCGCCUUACAAUGGCAAUAAAGGCCGAAGAAGAGGACCAACGCAGAAACCCUCCCUGGAAGGCAUGUUCGACGAAAGCAAUGAUGAUGCAGGCGACAGAUGGAGCAAAAAUCCGUCACGCCCUUUGGUUGGCGCCUCGGAGCGGCACAAAAGAAUUGUCACCAUGCCUUUUCCGACCUACCAGAACGGCAUAUACGAUUUUGAAGCAAGGUGCCCUGCUGAGGUGAAAGCGAAAUUUGAUCAACUCAAUUCGUUUAGUGGAAAGGAACACACAACCCAACUGGAGCGGAUUGUCAAGCAGCACACCCCUGUAUACGAAAAAUUCAAUUUCAACGUUCUGCGUAAUGCUCUCGGACAUCUCCCAGAUGCUUCUCGGAGUCAAUACUUCGACAGAAUCUUUCCUGGGAUCGUGUCCUUGGCCAAGGAUCUGCCUGGAAAAUUAAGCCAUCGUCCUCUCGUAUUCCUCACACCUGGCGUUACCCUCGAGCUGAGGAGAGACGAAAUCGCGUGUCUGUUGGCCAACGCGUACCUCUGCACCUUUCCAUACAGGGAUUUGUUCACGUCGACGUUGCCGACUGUCAAUUUCAUCACGUUGUUCAGUGGCCAGCCUGGCAAGGACAAGCGUGAGAGUGCUAAAGUGGAGAAACUGAAGUGCCUGUUUGCCUAUUUUAGCAAGGCGAUGGAGUUUGGUCCUGAGGGUGAAGAAAAGGUGUCUUUCUCCAAAGUGGCUUUGAGUGUAAAGCCUGACUGGGAGAAUUCACACAAGCCAAUGAAAAACUUCAACGUUGAAGAGUUGCAUGGGAAAAUUGAGGAUUUUGAGGGAAUUCAAGUUGACUUUGCUAACAAGUUGAUCGGUGGAGGAGUGAUUGGUCGUGGCUGCCUGCAGGAAGAAAUCCGGUUCAUUACAUGUCCGGAACUGAUCACUGCUCGACUCUUCACGGAACAGCUAGGAAAUGACGAGGCCCUGGUCAUCACUAACUUUUGGCAAUACGCUGAUCACUCAGGCUACCAGGACGAAUUCAAAUACGAGGGGCCUUUCACAGGGUCAAAUGAAGUGAAAAGAACGCUGGUCGCAAUUGACGCGUCCGACUUUUCCGACUUCACGAAUGACUCUAAACUUGAAGGAUUGUGGCUGAGUUCCGAGGACCACACCAGUAGGCAGUAUUUGAAACAAGUCAUCGACAGGGAUCUGAACAAAGCCUACACUGGCUUCCUGUGCCAAGAGUUGGACAAAAGUCACCACAUUGCCACUGGAAACUGGGGAGGAGGCAACUUCAAUGGUGAUCCCCUUUUGAAGGCAAUGAUUCAGCACGUGGCCGCUUCGGAGGCUGAGCGGGAGCUCCAUUACUUCCCCUACCACGACCUUUCCCUCAAGGAAAUGCUGGAGGGCAGUGCAUUGGCCACCAGGGGCAAAGGAACAGUUGGAGAAGCAUAUCAUGAGCUUCUCAACUAUGCCAAGGAGAAAAAUCCCUAUCCUAGCGCUUUUUAAAAAAUUAAUUGUCUCAAAGAAUUAAAAUGUUUGUAAUGCAAGAGUGACUCUGUCCUAAUACUCUGCUAACGGUAAGGUUAUGUUAUUAAAAUGUGCUUCUAAUCCAUUCCAAAGCUUACAAAUAAUGUAAUCAAAACUAGUUUGUGGCCUGCUUUAAUAAUAGAACAGCACCCAGCAAUUUUCGAUAAUUGCGAAUUGUCCAUCUGCUUUUAGGGCCUGGAAGUGAAUUUUAAGAUUGUGCCAGGAGAUCGAUAAGAAUGAAAUGGAAGACUGGUUUAUAUUGCAAUAUUGGCUAAUCCUAAGCCUCGUCAGAAAAUUGAAAUAACCACCAGUCGCCUGUAAACCCUUAUUUUAUCGACCCCUAAAAAUGUCCUCAGAAAAUAAUUCCAUUCAACUAUAUUAUUUUUUAAUUAUCUGUUCUAUUGUUAUUAUUUUUUUAUCUCUUGGCAAUUAUUAGAUAUCUGUAAAGCAAAAAGGUUGAUGAAAUGUAGUUAGCGCUUAUUUCAUUGGGUCUCAAAUUCUUCGCACAAUAAAUUUAGCAUGUAUCUCCAUGCUCGCAACCGCA